AUGGGAUUCUUUCAAGAUGUGGUCAUUUAUAAACAAGUUUUGAAGAUUGAAGAGUCUAACAGCAUGAUUCCCUCAUCUGGCCAAGCUGUGCAGUUCAUCGGGUACAAGAUCUACCCUGGACAUGGGUGGCGCUAUGCCAGGACCAACAGGAAGGUUUUCCAGUUUCUUAAUGCAAAAUACAAGUCUGCAUUUCUUUCCAGAAGGAAUCCUUAGCAGAUAAACUAGACUGUCCUCUACAGAAGAAAACACAAGAAGGAACAGUCAGAACAAAUUCAAAAUAAAAGAACAUACCAUGCAGUCAAAUUCCAGCUCCAGCAGGGCAUCACCGGUUCAUCUCUUGCUGAUACAAUAGGCAAGAAGAAUCAGAAACCAGGAGUUAGGAAAGCUCUGCGAAAACAAGCUAUUAGGGCUACCAAAGAAGCAAAAAUGGCUAAGCAGGCAUCAAAAAAGAUAGCAAUGGCUGCAGCCAAGACUCCCACAAAGGCAGCACCUAGACAAAUGAUUGUGAAUGUCUCUGCUCCCCAAGUUGGUGGAAAAUGCUAA